CGCUCGCUCCUUUCCUUCCUUUCCGCCUGUUACCCGGCCGGUGAGAGCCGCCGGCUCGCCCCGCCGGGAAGCCUGGGCGCCCCCCAGCCAUCGCUGCUGCUCCCCAUGGGGAUCCGAGAGUUCCCCAACGGCUCCGCGCGGGGCAAAGCCGCCACGCUCGGCAUGCGGCGCUCCCCCGAUGUCAGCCCCCGGCGGCUGUCCGACAUCAGCCCGCAGCUGCGGCAGCUCAAGUACCUGGUGGUGGACGAGGCCAUUAAAGAGGACUUGAAGUGGUCCCGCUCCGUGGAAGACCUCACCAGCGCGUCCGUGGGGCUCACCUCCAUCGAGGAGCGCAUCCUCCGCAUCACCGGCUACUACGGCUACCAGCCCUGGGCCGCCAGCUACAAACGGGAUGAGCGCUCCCGGGAGUCUCCAGCCCCAGCCGAAGCACAGAUGCAAGCUGGGGCGGAAGGCGCUGGAAGGGUGAGCCGCUGCUGCUGGAAAUGUUCCGUGACGCAACUCAAGAAGAUUUUCUGGGGUGUGGCCGUGGUCCUGGGUGUCUGCUCCUCUUGGUCAGGCUCAACCCAGCUAGCAAAACUGACCUUUAAGAAAUUCGAUGCACCCUUCACUCUAACAUGGUUUGCAACAAACUGGAACUUUUUAUUCUUUCCUUUGUAUUAUCUGGGACAUGUUUUUAAGUCAGCUGAAAAGCAGUCUCCAAAGCAAAGAUACAGGGAGUGCUGCCGAUUUUUUGGAGACAAUGGCUUGACUUUGAAGGUGUUUUUUACCAAGGCAGCACCCUUUGGUGUUCUUUGGACACUCACAAACUACCUUUACUUACAUGCAAUAAAGAAAAUAAACACUACGGAUGUCUCCGUGUUGUUCUGCUGCAACAAAGCUUUUGUGUUCUUGCUUUCAUGGAUCGUUCUGAGGGACAGGUUCAUGGGAGUGAGGAUUGUGGCUGCUAUAUUUGCUAUUGCAGGGAUAGUUAUGAUGACGUACGCCGAUGGGUUUCACAGCCACUCCGUUAUUGGGAUAGCCCUGGUGGUGGGCUCUGCCUCAAUGUCUGCUCUCUACAAGGUUUUAUUCAAACUUCUUUUGGGCAGUGCUAAAUUUGGAGAAGCUGCCUUAUUCCUGUCUGUGUUAGCUGUCUUCAACGUCCUCUUUGUUACCUGUAUUCCUGUCAUCCUUUAUUUUACCAAAGUGGAGUACUGGAGCUCUUUUGACAUCAUUCCUUGGGGGAACCUCUGCGGAUUUUCAAUUCUCUUAUUGACAUUCAAUAUUCUACUAAAUUUUGGGAUUGCUAUUACCUACCCCACCUUGAUUUCUCUUGGAAUUGUACUGAGUGUCCCGGUGAAUGCAGUUGUUGAUCACUACACCAGUGAAAUUGUCUUCAAUAGUGUCCGAGUCAUCGCCAUCAUCAUCAUUGGCCUGGGCUUCCUCCUGCUGCUCUUGCCAGAGGAAUGGGAUGUCUGGGUAAUAAAGCUCCUCACACGUCUCAAAGUCCGGAAGAAGGAAGAAAUUCCCGAAGGGAAUGGAGACAUUGCUUCAGGACUGCCUAAUAAAAGCCGGAGAACUCGCCCUUCCAUGUCAUCCUUUGCUCAUUAAAUGCUCUUUUUACCAAAACUUUGUGGUUAACGUUAUAUAUGAUGAUGCAAAGGUCUUUUCUUGGGAAGAAGCACACCUGUCCAACACGGUGUACAUACCUGUACAGUUUUGAUAUGAUCACCAUCUAAAGCAUCAAGUCUUGGCAUGUCCAGUUUGCUUGUACUUUUUUCACAUCUGACCUUUCACUUAAGUAGUACACUGAAAAAAACUGCAAACCAAGAACCUCUCUUCUCUUUUUAAAUGAAUGUAAUAUAUAGUCAAAAUAUAUUUGCAUAGGUUAUUUUAAAGAAUGACUUUCAUGAAAAGCA